CGGGUGAUGGGCUGGAUCCUGAGCUCCGCCGCCUGCCUCAUCGUCUCCACCAACCUGCUGGUGGCGGUCGCUCUGCUGAAGCUGCUCCUGAAGAAGAACAGCCAGAGCUGGUGCUUCGUCCUCAACCUGGCCCUGGCCGACGCCCUGGUGGGUGUGGCCAUCACCGGCCUGGCCACGGAGGACUUCAACAGCGACAGAGUCCAUCACGGCCCACACAGCCACGCCCCGGCCGACCCGCCCGCCAACGCCACGCCCCCGGCUCAGGGGAGGAGCCGCUGUUUGAUGCGGAUGGCCUUUGUGAUGUCGCCCUGCACGGCUUCCAUCAUGUCCAUGUUCCUGAUCUCCCUGGACCGGUACGCAGCCAUCAAGAGGCCGCUGCAGUACUCGCUGCUGUCGGGCAGGGGCACGGCGGUCGGGUCCUUGCUGACUCUGUGGAUCAGCUCCUUCACCGUGGGAUUCUCGCCAGUCAUGGUGCGGCAGCUGCAGGCCGAGGGCUACAACGGCUUCUGUGCCUUCUUCUCCGUCAUCCACGAGGUGGGCGUGAUCGUCCUGUUCAGCGUGUGCUUCUUCCCCGUGCUCUCCAUGUUCAUCUACAUCUACCUGGACAUCCUGAAGAUCGCCUGCAGCCACCAGAAGCAGAUCUUCCAGGUCAGACAAGCGGGCUCCCGGACGACCGACCAUGGCCAUCAGCACCAUCAGCACCAUCAGCAGCUGAGAAGCGGCUACUGGAGUCACGUGAAGGCCCUGCGGACGGUGGCGUUGCUCGUCGGCUGCUUCUCGGUGCUCUGGUGCCCCUUCUUCGUGGUGUGCAUCGUGCAUCUUCUGUGUCAAAGCUGUGAGCUCGCUGUGGUGUUGGAGAAUUAUCUGUGGCUGCUGGGGCUGAGCAACUCUCUGAUCAACCCCCUGGUGUACGCCUUCUGGCAGAGGGAGGUGCGGUUGCAGCUGACGGCCAUGUUCUCCUGCUUCAGGUGCAGGUCGCUGGCUGCCGGACCUCCGGGAGUCACAGGAAGACACGACUCUCAGGCGGCUGGGCAGACUCAAGCCUACGUCUGUGGUGGAGACACCGUCAACCCCAUUCUGCUGCGGCAAAGUACCAACAACAAUGAGGCUCAGGCUGCGGAACAAUCUGACACAACCAGCUUAUGA